ACAAGAGUACGGCAGCACCAUUAGUUUCGUUCAGACGCUAAGUUUUGCCAAUAUAUUAUAGAGUGCAUGUUUUUUUUGCAUAUUUUGUAGAUCUUACAAAUUAUAAAUUAUUAUUAGUUUUCAAUGGCGCAGGUCUCAAAUAAAUCGGGAACGGGUUGGCCCAGGCGCAGCAGUCAGGGACAAGUAGACGGAAAUGUAAAUAAUGGAUUGCAGAAGUACACGGCUGGACAGUGUUUGGCUAUAAACAGGACAAUAAACUUAUAUCCUUUGACUAAUUACACAUUUGGAACAAAAGAACCAUUAUUUGAAAAAGAUCCAUCAGUUCCAUCUCGCUUUCAAAGGAUGCGAGAAGAAUUUGAUCGUAUCGGUAUGCGGCGCUCAGUUGAAGGUGUUCUACUCGUCCAUGAACAUGGUUUACCUCACGUAUUACUUCUUCAGCUGGGUACAACAUUUUUCAAGCUUCCCGGAGGUGAACUUAAUGCAGGAGAAGAUGAGGUAGAAGGCCUCAAGCGGCUUCUUACCGAAACAUUGGGACGUCAAGAUGGCGUAAAACAAGAUUGGAUUGUUGAAGAUACAAUUGGAAAUUGGUGGCGACCGAAUUUUGAACCACCUCAAUAUCCAUACAUUCCGCCACAUAUUACUAAACCAAAAGAACACAAACGGUUGUUUUUGGUACAGUUACAUGAAAAGGCUUUAUUUGCUGUUCCCAAAAAUUACAAGCUUGUAGCAGCACCCUUAUUUGAACUCUAUGACAAUUCUCAAGGAUAUGGUCCAAUUAUAUCAUCGCUUCCUCAAGCCUUAUGCAGGUUCAAUUUUAUUUAUAUGUAAAGGAACGCUGAGUUUUUCGUGGCAUCUUACAAUAGUUAAAUUAAAUAAAUCAACUUGGUCUUUUAACUUA